GCAGAAAUCUCAACUGGCAAGCAAGUCGCAGCAAUGGAGAACCCAAAGGAGGGGAGAAUUCAGGCACCUGUUGUGAUUGGGAGUCCCAUAAAACAACGCACAAUUGGUCCAGCGUCGUCCGGGUUUGGCCGUGAUUGUACAUACGAUUUUGUUCUUAACGGACUUGCCUAGUUAAAUAAAGGUUAAAUUAAAAAAAUACCCUCCGCCCCUACAGACACACCCUAAGAAACGAAUUGAUCUCUUUGAACAAGUUCUGACUGCAUUGCAUUACAGAAAAAAAAUGUUGUCCUUCACUUUUGGUAAUCGUAAACAGGUUUAUUUUCUGCCACAUUGUGAAUUUAAAGCCAACCUGCCUGUCAAAAUAGCGUCUCCAUGGUAACGUAGUCAUAGUGAGCACGAGGACAACCAAAGUCAAACAAUCAGAGCUCCCAAGUGUUUGGUCCUAGGGAGCACCCAGUGCGGAGAAGACCAGUGCCGAGAAGACAACGAACUACAAUACAGACUAAUCAUGUCAGGCACUGAUGUUUGGGUUGGCUCCUGGAGGCCCCACAAGCCCAGAGGCCCCAUUGCUGCACUCUACAGCAGCCCUGGACCCAAGUAUGCCCUGCCUGGAGCGACAGGUCUGAACUACCAUGACCCCAGGAAGCUGAAAGCACCGGCGUUCAGUUUUGGGACACGCCAUCGCCAAUUCAGCUCAGACUGCUCCCCCGGGCCAGGGUACUUGGUUCCCUCCAACAUCACCAGGAUUGGGCGUGACGGGACCCCUGCAUACUCCCUCUACAGCCGCCCCAAUGACCCCCAGCUGUUCCAAACCCCCGGACCUGGACGCUACUCCCCUGAGAGGUCAGGGAAGUCUGCAUAUUACUCUGCCCCUGCCUAUUCCCUGUCUGCCAGGAGCAAAGGCUUCCGUAACGACCAGACCCCAGGCCCUGCUGCUUACAUGCUGCCCUCUGUGUUGGGGCCUGCCACCGUCAACAAAACCUCCGCCCCUAACUUCUCCCUUCGAGGACGCAGCAAGAUCGGCAGCUUCCACGAGGACCUGCAGAAGACUCCUGGCCCAGGGACAUACAGAGUGGUGGACCCCUGCACCUACAAACACAAACCCCCCCACUACAGCAUGACAGGACGCAACAGCAUGCCUGGAGACACUACCAGGAAACCAGGCCCUGGAGCUCACCACCCUGAACAGGUGACCUUCACCAGGAUCAAACCUCCAAGCUUCUCUUUCGGAAUUCGUCAUUCUGAGUUCAUCGCUCCGCUUAUAGUGGGCUUGGCGGAAUAGGAACCCUUCCCAUUCCUCCAUUUACCUCAUUCCUUCCCAACAUCCCUUUUCCUCAUCUACCCCCUUAUCCCAGCAAUAAAUUCAGCAGUAUCAAAAUGCUCUGCAGUGAAGAAAGUAGUUAAUUGUGCCUUAUUGUUCUUAUGUAUUGCCUAUCCUGCAUGGAGUACAAUGAUGCUGGAAGACAAGCUAACCUGCUAACCAAGCUAAUCCUUGUUGAUGAUUAAAAACAAAAGUAUAUUUUUUUAUAUGAAGGCUAUGUUUUAUCACAUCAAUUUGAUUUGAAUAACUGAGAAAAACACAUCGGCUAUCACGCACGCUUGAACGUUAUGAAUACUUAUGUGGGGGGAAAGGAUUAGGCUUGUACUACACAAACACUACUUCACCUGUGGCCUCCCUUCAUAUUUUGUGUUACUUGUAUGUUGCCUGAAUGCUAUGAUUUGGGGAACACUUCUUUGGCCCAAUACUGUUUUAAUUUGCACCACACGAGAUUCAGAGUGUGAUAUUAUGCCAAAGGUUUAUGACCACUUUCAGUAUUAAAAUUAUUCUGAAAUACCUAGUAUUAUAUUUUAUUGUUCCAAUACCAAAGAUGUGGUUUGAUAUAACAUUGAUCUGACAUGCUUCUUCUCAAACCAUAAUGACUUGGCUAUGUUCACUCACUUUGAUGUUAUAACAUGUCAAACGUGUACAAUUGUGGUGAUAAAUAACGCUAGUUUUAAAUAAAUACAUUUUCAACGAA